AUGUCAGACAGAGUCUCCCAGGUCGUCGGCCACCUCAACUACCCCAAAGGCCUCCUCGCCAACCAAACCGCCAUCAUCACCGGCGCCGGCCAAGGCAUCGGCGCCGAAGCAGCCAUCCUCUUCGCCAACGAAGGCGCAAAAGUCGUCGUCGCAGACAUUGACGCCAAGAAAAGCAACGAGGUAGUAGAAUCCAUCCGCAAAACCGGCGGCCAAGCCAUCUCCGUCCCAGGCGAUGUCCUCGACCCGGCAUACAUCAAAACCCUCAUCUCCAAGGCCGCCGAGUUCGGCAACGGCAAGAUCCACAUCCUCGUCGCCUCGGCGGGCUACACCUACGACGGCGUCAUCCACAAGAUGACGGACAGGCAGUGGGAGACCAUGAUCGCCCUGCACUGCACCGCGCCCUUCAACAUGGUGCGCGAGGCCGCGCCGUACUUCCGCGUCAAGGACGGCGAGCCGCGCAACAUCAUCACCGUCUCGUCCACGUCCGGCAUCCAUGGCAACGCCGGCCAGAUCAACUACGCGCUGGCCAAGUCUGGCCUCGUCGGCUUCACAAAGACCAUUGCAAAGGAAUGGGGCCCGCAGUUUGGCGUCCGGGCCAACGCCGUUGCCUUUGGCUACAUCCAGACUCGUCUGACGGCGGCCAAGGAGGACGGCGGCUUUGUGGUCGGGCCUGACGGCGAAAAGAUUGCCAUUGGCGUCCCGGGGAGAAAGCCUGGUGCUGCUGGUCCUUCGGAUAUUCCGCUGGGCCGGCCGGGCACUGCCAAGGAGGCGGCGAGCUCUAUCCUGGCCGUGGCGAGUCCGUUGUUCUCGUACGUAACAGGGCAGACCAUCAUGGUGACAGGUGGUAGGAACAUGUAG